CCGCAGCCUGCUUCACGCGCCUAAAAUAGACACACGGCGAUCGUACAGCACCAGUCAUGGGUGACGGCGAAUGUGCCUCCAUAUCGUCUCAUCUCACUUGGUGCUUCGGAGGCCUCAGUCCGGCGGGUUAGAACAACGCGACCUCUUGAGCAUCAUAAACUGUGGAUAGCGAGUUUCUGAGUGUCCCGAGAGCUGUAUGUUAUUCCUGACAGGUGCAUGUGUGUUCAAGGCGGGGACGGUGGAGUUAACAUACAGUAAUGCUACCGUUGAGGGAGGAGAGAGUCGGCAGAUGAGGGGAUAGUGUUACAGGAGAGGGAGAAGAGAGAAGGCUUGAUUUCAACGUGUCGUCUGCUAUGUAAAGUUUGGAUGAACUUUGCUAGGUGAGAAUGACCCUUCGCCAAUACGUCUCCCACGCUAUAUCACAUUCUGUAUAGCCGUAUGACAUGUAUAUGCACGAAUAUAGAAGACAUAUUCUUUGAUACGCGGGCGUGUCUACCGUUUGAUUCAAAGAUUGACAUUUGAAGAUAUCUGUUAUUGAAACGAGUACACUCGACUUACACGCCUUUUGCCUUUACGUUUUGUGACCCGGGAUACAACUGCCCUUACCGUAUUGUUAAAUGUGUUUUGAAUCAAACCAUUUGUGGCGGAGCAGUGCUACAUUGGCAGUUAGAAGCGAUCGACAAGCGUACAAAUCCAAGGGGUAGAGGAAAGCAGUGAGGAGUGAAAUAUCCUGAUCGGUUAUAGAUCGGACGGAAGCGAGUUAUGCAGCGUAUUAGCCUCACCUGGAUCUGACUUCGUGGGACGGGUAAUUCGAUUUGGUGUUAUACACUGGUGGAAAUUGACCGAAUCAUACAGGAUUUGCGUCUAAGGCUUACCUGGACGGUAAGGCCACGACAGUAUACAUACAGAUUGAUCGCAAGGCUAUAGAUGUAAUCAGAGACGAGCCAUUUAAAUAUUGUUUCUAAUAGACUGGGUGGCAUUUCUGUUUGAAAAGAAGACUGGAGUUGGUCUAAGGACGAUGUAUGGAAGGGAUUACUUUGGUAAAAGCGGAUAGUUUGUACAGCGAGUUGUGUUUGCUGUGGUAAUUCCGAGGAACUGGUUGACAGUGUGCGGAGUCAAUAAAGGUGAGAAGGGAUCGACAGAAACGGCAUCAUGGGAUAUAGUAUUAACAAGUUCGUCUGCGCCGUCGAUCCCAACUUAAUAUGCGGUAUUUGCGGGUGUGUUUUGCAAGACGCUGUGUUGACCCCCUGUGGACACACGUUUUGCUGCCUGUGCCUGGACACUUGGCUCGCCAGGCCCGGGACGGAGACUUGUCCGGAGUGUCGGACACACGUCGGUGACGACGGGGGCAGCCCCGUCCAUUCUCUCCGGAACCUCAUCAACGGCUUCGAGGUUGAGUGCGACCACGCAGAGAGGGGUUGUAAAGUGGUUCUUAAGCUCGACCGCCUCAAGUCUCACCUCGACACGUGUGCGUACUUUCCCGUGGAGUGCGCGGGGUGCGAGGAAGUGGUCAACAGGUUCGAACUGGCCAGUCACCAGAUCCAAUGCGUGGGGAUCGCGGCGUCCGUGGAGGAGGGGGCGGUGGACACGACGUGGAGUGACCGGAGGAGGCGACGAAGAGCCACGGAAGCAAUCAACAACGCGGAGAUAACCGAACUGCUCUGCAGGAUAAGCUCCCUUGAAAUGCAAGUCGCCAAGUUUAAACGGGAUAUAGAGCUCGCCAAUGCCAAAAAUAGGAUGAUUGAGAAGGAAUACAUUAAAGUGAAGGAGGAGUUGAACUGUACAAGACACGAAGUAGUUGAGCUCCAAUCUUCUGACUACGAUCCUAAAUACGACUAUGGCCACACGCCUCAAAGCAUGGCCCGGCUGUCUCUGCUGAUAGCCAAGUUCCUUCUUCGGAGGCCCAGACAUAUAGAUAGUGACUUCAUCUUCUCUGCCGUCAAGAAGUGCUACGAGCAGUACUUCCGCUGCAACAGCGACUUCGAACACGACGUCCAUAUGCUCCUAGCGACCGCUUUUGCCAGCAACUGGUUUACUCCGUCUCAGCGAUUAAGUCUCGGGUGCUGGUUGCAGUGCAUUGCCAGAUACCGCCACGAUACUCGGGAUUCAACCAGGUACAGUCCAGUAAUUAUGGUUCGCUGAAGGCGUAGAUUCAUGACCAGUGAUUGCCAUUGUGACCAACGUGACAUUGUCUUGAUGACUGCUGAAUAUAUAAACCAAGCGAACAUUUAUCCUGCUGAAAUUUAUACGGAGGUUCCGUGAUUAUGACCUAGUGAAUUUUCAGUGAUGAGUGACUGCCAAAAUUGGUGCAGAGGUCAUGUGACUGGCUGAAGUGACUUGUGAAAUAGGUCUUUGGCAUCCAUUGCCGGUCCUAUGGCCAAGGUAGAGUUAGCUCCAUGCGAGGAUGUUCCGAUAAAGACGGGGCUAGUAAGAGUUGGGAACCAGAUCGACUGAAAAUGUGACCAAGGUGUAGUGAAGACUGUUCCAAUGAAUAUAAUUAAGGGGAACCAGCGGCGAUAGAUAGCGAUUCGGGGACGUGUUACUAUUGCUCAUGCUGAGCUCGUCAUAGGCCCAGCUUCCCUGAACACCGGAACUGAAGUGGACAAUAGACAAUAGUCACAGUACUGUGUCACACGUCAAACGAGUGGCCCAAUCGUCGCGAUUCGCUGUGCAGAGUUGCGUCCCUUGGGCACGCCAGAAACCUACGAUUGCGAGUUCGAAUCCCGGUUUGCCCCCAUUAUGUUUCUAGGUUUGUCAGCACCAUACCCGUG